GCAGCGCAUGGCGGCUCUGGGCACCGACAAGGAGCUGAGCGACCUGCUGGACUUCAGCGCGAUGCCAAACAGCGAUUUGAAAAUGUUCCCAACAUCCAUGAUGUUUUCCCCUCCCGUUAGCAGCGGAAAGAACGGACCCACCUCCCUGGGGAGCGGACAUUUCUCCGGCUCAAGUAUGGAGGAGAGGUCCAACACAGCGUCGUGGGCGAGUGGAAGCCGCUCUUCUAAGAGUUAUGCUGACGGAUCGCAGUACAUGGCGUCACAUGACGGCCUUUCCCCUCCGUACGCUAACUCCAGGCUAACGGGUAAAACGGAGAGGAGUUCAUACUCGUACGGCAGAGAACCCAACGCUCACGGCCACCAGUCCAUGUUGGGAGGAGAGUUGGGUUUGGGGAGUCCUGGGGCGUCGUCGCCCACCAAGCCCGCGGGUCAGUACUACCAGCACUACGGGGCCAAUCCACGGAGGAGAACGCUGCACAUGGACACCGUUGACGUCCACACAAAGAAAGUGCGGAAGGUCCCUCCCGGCUUGCCGUCCUCGGUCUAUGCUCCGUCUGCCAGCACCGCCGACUACAACAGAGACUCGCCGGGGUACCCCUCCUCAAAACCGCCCAGCGCCGGAUUCCCGAGCUCCUUCUUCAUGCCAGACGGUCACCACAGCGGCGAUCCCUGGAGCAACAGCAGUAGCAACAUGAGUCAGCAGGGUUACCAUGGCAGCAUGCUGGGGGGUGGAAACUCAGCCCAUGGCCCCGCCCAGAGCUCCUCCUACUGCGGGAUACACCCCCACGACAGACUGAGCUACCCCCCCUCGCACUCGUCUGCAGAUAUCAGCUCCAGCCUCCCCCCCAUGUCCAGCUUCCACAGAGGCGGGGGUGGCGGGAGCGGGCCCAAUCACUACAGCACCGCCUCAUGCACCGCAACCACCAACGGCACAGACAGCGUCAUGGCUAACCGAGCGCAGAGCGGAACAGCCAGCAGCUCUCAAACAGGGGACGCCUUAGGGAAAGCGCUGGCGUCGAUCUACUCUCCGGAUCACACGAACAACAGCUUCUCGUCCAAUCCCUCCACCCCAGUCGGCUCUCCACCCUCCCUUACAGCUGCCAGUCCGGCCGUCUGGUCGAGGAACGGAGGACAGGGAGCGGCGUCGCCAAACUACGAAGCUCCGCUGCACUCGCUGCAGAGUCGCAUCGAGGAGCGGUUGGACGACGCCAUCCACGUCCUGCGGAGCCACGCGGUCGGACAGUCGACGGGCAUGACGAGUGGCCACGGCGACAUGCACGGCCUCAUCGGGCACACGCACAACGGCGCCAUGGGGGCUCUGAGCAGCGGCUACGGGACGGGACUGCUGUCGUCCAGCAGGCACUCUCUCAUGGUGGGCUCCCACAGAGAAGAUGGCGGUCUGCGCAGCGGCCACUCCAUGGUGGGUCCGGUGUCGGUUCCUCAGCUGCCGGUUCAGUCGGCCACCUCCCCGGACCUCAACCAGUCCGACCCGUACCGCGCUCUGUCCAGGGGCCUCCAGGGCCAGAGCACCUCCUCCGUCAGCUCCGACAUCAAGUCUGAGGACGAAGGAGACGAGAACCUCCUGCAGGACUCCAAGCCCCUGGACCCCGAUAAGGAGGACCAGGACAGCAAGGAGCUGAAAGCUAUUGAGAGGUCAAGAUCUAGCAACAACGACGACGAGGACUUGAGUCCGGAGCAGAAGAUGGAGCGGGAACGGGAGCGGAGGAUGGCCAACAACGCCCGGGAGCGCCUGCGGGUGCGCGACAUCAACGAGGCGUUCAAGGAGCUGGGCAGGAUGGUCCAGCUGCACCUGAAGAGCGACAAACCUCAGACCAAGCUGCUGAUCCUGCACCAGGCCGUCGCCGUCAUCCUGAGUCUGGAGCAACAAGUCCGAGAGCGAAACCUGAACCCCAAGGCGGCCUGCCUGAAGCGCCGCGAGGAGGAGAAGGUCACCGUGACGUCGGACGGGACGCCGCUGACGCUGGCCGCCGCCCACGCCGCCGCCGCCGCCAUGGGCGAUGGACCAAACUCCAUGGGACAAAUGUCCAAGGUGCCGGAGUUCAUCAAGAUGAUGAGUGACCACUUCCUCUGAUGGAGUUUCCAUGACAACCGGGCCAACCAAUCACAACGGGCGCUUCGGCGAGGAGUCUCUGGAAUUUCGGCUGAACCGGUCCGAGCCGCCACCAUCUCCAUCAUCUUCCUCCGACCCUUCUCUUUGUCAUCGUCGAUUUCUUCUUCUCUUCCUGUCGAGAGCGUGGACCGCAGUCGCUUCGUGAAGAACGGACAGAAGAACUCCUCCUGCUUCGUGUUUCAUCAGCAUUCCCAGUUUUAUGGAACAGAAGGUCAUAAAUAAAUAUAUAUAUAAAAAUAGAGAGAAUUAAAAAAGGUCAACGUGACUCGUUACGAACGUGACGGUGGAAGUGAGAGGUCGGGCAGAAGGAAACGUAUCGUUCAGUGUUACAAGAGUUUUUUGAAGCGGCGUUGCGCAGCUGUUGAACGGCGAUCUAACGCCGCGCUGUGGACGAGGCCACGCCCAAUUUCCUGCCGGACGCACAGAAACUAUCAAACGGGAAAGUUCGACGCUCCGGUUUCAAUUAGGACGAAGUGAAGAAGACGAUUCCACAGACGGAGCCGGAGCUCUGCGCCGAAAUCAUCGAGACCGUCUUCACUCUCAUCUCUGUACAAAUCUGUGUCCGUUCGAGGGACGAGAGCUCGGAGUCGAUCGUCACGAGACUCGAGGGGCGCCGGGUCGGUUUGAAACCACGUUUGAACCUUAAGUAUUUUCUAAUCAUCCCAUCUUGGCGAGACAAACUUUAAAACGAGGCGUUCUUGAGAAUCAGCCGACCUUCGGUUUAGAGCUGGACUGAUCAUCGAACCGUUUUCCAGGUUUAGCACAUUCCUUGAGUCUCACUACUUGAACCGAGUCCAAAAGGCCUAAAACUCAAGAGUUGGAGGAGCCAUGGAAGAAGAAAGGGUUGAACAGCGGGUGGAGUGAUGGUGGCGCUGUCAGGGACACCAUCGGACCAUGAGGCGUGGGUUCUCUUCCAGGGGCAAG